AUGGCUGCAGCGCGUCGACAGCCUUCGAUGCAGAUUUUUCAGGACCCUGUGCAACCACACCACCAUCAUCAACGAAACCAGUCUAACCCACGCUACUUCGACACCCUGAGCUCCGUCACCGACGUGUCAAACAGCUCAAAUACCCUCCUCGCGCCACCGGUACACGACACGCCCGAAGAAUCCCCCCGCAAGGCCCGCCACGUCUCUAGCUCUCCCCCGCCCAGUGCCCUGGUUGAGAAGGGCCUCAACGCCGUCACCAUUCCGCCGCCCCAAGAACAGUGGUUCAGCACAGACGCGCCUCCCAAGAAGACCCAGCCGUUGCUUUCGCACCACCCGCAGCCAAUGGCGGCCGGCCUGCAGUACUGGCCCGGCUACCAGUCCCAUAUGGACAAGGAAAACGCCUACUACAAUUCCGCCAUAUCCGCUGCAGAACCGCCCAUGAAGAACGCGCCCAAGCGACCUCUGAUGGACGCGGCUCCACUACGCGACCGCACCAACAUGCACACCUCAAACACAACUACAAACGCAAAUAGCAAGAAGCAGAAGCUUGUCAAGGAUAUCAAGGUCGACGAGGUCGACGGUCCGCUGCCCGACCCGGACCAGAUGCCGAGCGUGGAAGACGAUGGGAAUAAGCCGUCAUACAGCUAUGCCAUGCUCAUCGGUAUGGCCAUCCUGCGCGCACCCAGCCGCCGCUUGACCCUCGCCCAGAUCUACAAGUGGAUCUCCGACACAUUCGCUUUCUACCGCAAUUCACAAGAGACGGGAUGGCAGAACAGCAUUCGACACAACCUCAGUCUCAGCAAAUCUUUCUCCAAGCAAGAGCGCCCAAAAGAUGACCCAGGAAAGGGCCACUACUGGGUCAUCAACGCUGGAUUCGAGAAGCAGUAUCACAAGGUCAAGCCAGUCCGCCGACCUGCUCACCAAGAGUCUUUUUCACAAGGUUACCCCAGUGAUCUCCCUCGUCCCUCAACGUCCGUGUCAGCUAGCUUCCCGCCCAUGAGCUCGACAAAGGGGUUUGACUCGAGCAAAUUUCCUGAGGAGCCCGAGCUUCCUUCCUCAGAGGCCACCAUUCCCUGCUCGGACCCAGCUGCGCACGAUGGACAAGACCCUCUCAGCAUGCCACCACCUCGUCAGAUGCCCUCUUCACCCCCAGCUGCCGACAUUCAUUCGUCGCCUCCUCCUCCCGUCUCACGCUCACGCUCCAUUCGCCAGGAUACACCGCCACGUGCUCCACGUUUCCCUUCCAACAGCAGCCGAUCAGGUGGUCGACAGCGCAAGUUCAACGGUCUCGGUGACAGCGGCUACUACUCGUCAAUCGAAUCAUCCGCUACCAAAGGCAACCCAAUGGGUCCCUUACUCACAUCCGAGGCAGAUCUCGAUCGCCCCAAUCUAAAGCGUGGUCGAGCCGAGGAGGAGAUCGCCCGUAUUCGCGGCUCCUCUUACGACUCACCAACCAAGACCAGGCCGCACAUGAAGCAGCCUGGCAACGCACACCUCAUCUCAUCGCCCGUCAGGCAAGGCCACAAAGUCCUUGACCCCCUUACCCCUGCUAUAGUCUUCAAACGCCCUGCCCUACCACCGGCUUCUGCGUCCCCCAAUACCAACCUCCGUAAUCAUCGUAACAAGAUGCGGGAACUGGUUGGCGGCUCACCUGACAAGAGUCUAGCCAUGUGGGUCGACACGUCCUUCCUCGACAACAAAGGCUGGAGCCCAGCUGUAUCCAUUCCCAACGAUGAAAACGUCAACCUCGUCGGCCAUGGCUUCGAGAGCACCUUUGACAUCUUUGGCGACAUGGGCUACAACGAAAGCCCAAUCAAGCGUUCUGCUAAGCGCCCUCGUCUUGAACGUGCCGUCACCACCAGCGGCGUACUCGCAGAUAUCACCGGUACCAAAGGCAACAUGGUAGACUCCCCUACACCCAACUGGAAGAUGUCGUCUUCUUUCCUCAACAUUCCCGAUCUGUCACCUGUCAAGAACAUGUCGCCCAUUAAAGCUCCUAAGUUGAACCCUCCCUCAUCUAGCGCUCUCUUGGACUUUGAUAUCUCCAAUGCCAACAAGGAGAACGGCCAUGCCCGUCUUACUCCUCCUCAGUCAUUCCCAGCUCCGGCUAAGCCACAGCAACAGCAACAGCAAGACGAUGAUGACUUUUCCCAUCUCUUGCACAGCGACGAAUCAGAGCCUGGCAUCGAUUUGCUUCAAGGCUUUGAGAAAAUCGGCGCCAGGUCAUUGGCCGUCGCACCCAAUGGAUCACCACAGAAGAAGUCUUCCAGACCGGGCUUGGCCCGCAGCUCGACUGUCCGAUUCUAGACAAUAUUCCCAAGCCCUUACCACCGGCUUUUGGAUUAUAUCUUACCCUUAUUACGCCACUUCUGGAUCUCAUCACGUAGAUCUCGAUUCCUCUUUCUUCGCUAUUCCUCGAUACCCCUCAACUUGCGACUACAUCUUUUAGCUCUUAUCUCUUGACCCUUGCUCAUCACGGUCCCCCUCACAUCAUCAUCAUCACUUCCACUAGCGCUACUUUGGAUUGUCCACUGGAUAGUCCCACCUCACGACGUUACGACAAACGAUACCCACGAUAGCAACGGCUGGCCCUUCUACUAUUAGCGUCAUUCUUUGACGUUACUUCUAAUUAGGCGAGGAGUUGCACGACUACGUGGGCGUAUAUACUACGCUUGUCACUGUGUCUACCUAUGGUGUUUGGAAUUCUUGUUUCGUUUUUUGCGUGCGAGCGAGUGCGAGCGUAAUGAUAUAUCGAAGGCAGAUGUCUGACAGGACUGACGAGCGGUUGACGGCCAUUGGUUCUAUGGCGUAAUGACGUGGACGAGACCAUGCCUGAACGUAGCGGAUACUAUAGUCUUUAUUGCUCAGCGAAUUGCACAUGUGUCUUGAUCUUU